CACCAGUAGGAAGGUCCUUGGAUUCUGCUGCUUCGCCGGCUGGCAAAUUCAAUGUCUUCAGCAGCCUUCCUUCAAUGCCAAAGUUCGCUGGGGUGGUUGGUUGGUUGCAUCCUCUCUCUCUCUCUCUCUCUCUCAUGCCUAUUAAAACCUUCCCGGCACUCCAUCCUUCGGCAAAACUAUUCCAAUCCAUUUCUCCUAUCUCAGCCUCCAAGUCUUGGGAUUCUUUUCCUGUUUCUUUAACCUUCUUUCCUCAUCUCAUACCUUAAUAAUUCUAGUUGUCUGCAUAGAUCUUAACAAAUUUUUAGAAGCUAGCUCUCUUUUCCUCCUUGUUCUCAACCUUUGAAAGCUUAGCCAUAACAGGCUUCUUAAAUGACAAGUACUUCUCUUUUUGGACGAGCUAGCAUAUAUAUAUAUAUAUACAUAUAUAAGAAAUAUUGAUUUUGCUCCCAUUUCUUUUGCUUAAUUAAUUCAAGGAUUUCAUCCCGUCUUCUUUUAGUUAUAACAAAUCGAGUUGAGUUGUCUAUAGUUAAUUAAUUAACCCUCCAUCCUCAUCCAUCAUGUCAUCAAGGAUGGAUAAUUCAGAAGGUAACACAAAUUCAGUACUCCAAAUAACUAGUCCAGAUAGGAAGCAUAAACUUCCUAACUUUCUCCAAUCCGUAAAGCUCAAGUAUGUGAAGCUGGGAUAUCACUACCUGAUCUCCAAUGCCAUGUACCUUCUCCUAAUCCCCCUCUUGGCCAUCGCCUCGACGCACCUCUCCCAGCUCACCGUCGGCGACCUACAACUGCUCUGGAAUCACCUACGCUUCAACCUGGUCGCCACUCUCCUCGGUCUCACCCUCACCGCCUCUCUCGCCACCCUCUACUUCAUGACACGGCCUCGGCCGAUCUACCUCCUCGACUUCGCAUGCUACAAGCCGGACGACGCUCGCAAGUGCACCCGCGAGCUCUUCAUGGAGAGGUCGGCGCAAGCAGGGGUCUUCACCGAGGAGAACCUCGCGUUUCAGAAGAAAAUUCUGGAACGAUCGGGGCUUGGGCAGUCCACGUACUUCCCGGACGCAGUAUUGAACGUGCCGCCAAACCCAUGCAUGGCGGAGGCGAGGAAGGAGGCAGAGAUGGUGAUGUUUGGGGCCAUCGACGAGCUGCUGGAGAAGACAAAGGUGAAGGCGAAGGACAUAGGCAUACUGGUGGUGAACUGCAGCCUUUUCAAUCCAACCCCCUCUCUCUCGGCCAUGGUGGUGAACCACUACAAGCUUAGAGGGAACAUCAUCAGCUACAACCUUGGUGGCAUGGGCUGCAGUGCAGGACUUAUCUCCAUAGACCUUGCCAAGCAACUCCUCCAGGUGCAACGCAACUCCUAUGCCUUGGUUGUGAGCAUGGAGAACAUCACCCUCAACUGGUACCUCGGCAACAACCGCUCCAUGCUCCUCUCCAACUGCCUCUUCCGCAUGGGCGGUGCCGCCAUCCUCCUCACCAAUCGCCACUCCGACCGCCACCGCUCCAAGUACCAACUCAUCCACACCGUUCGCACUCAUAAGGGUGCGGAUGACCGCUCUUACAGCUGCGUCUUCCAAGAGGAAGACAGCAAUGGCACCACCGGUGUCGCCCUCUCGAAAGACCUCAUGGCCGUGGCGGGUGAAGCUCUAAAGACCAACAUCACCACCCUCGGGCCAUUAGUCCUUCCGAUGUCGGAGCAACUCCUUUUCCUCCUCACACUGGUAGGAAAAAAGAUCUUCAAGAUGAAGGUCAAGCCUUACAUUCCAGAUUUCAAGCUGGCAUUCGAGCAUUUCUGCAUUCAUGCCGGGGGGAGAGCGGUAUUGGAUGAGUUGGAGAAGAACUUGCAGCUGAGUGAUUGGCAUAUGGAGCCUUCAAGGAUGACUUUGUAUCGGUUCGGAAACACAUCGAGUAGUUCAUUGUGGUACGAGCUCGCUUACACUGAAGCUAAAGGAAGAAUCAAGAAGGGUGAUCGGACAUGGCAGAUUGCAUUCGGUUCAGGGUUCAAGUGUAACAGCGCAGUGUGGCGAGCACUGAAAACCAUUAAUCCUGCCAAGGAGAAGAAUCCUUGGAUGGAAGAGAUACAUCAGUUCCCAGUUCAAGUGCCAAAGGUUGAAACCAUUAAAACAUGAAAAUUUGUAUACCUCUUUAUCUGGUGAUCGGUAGAUGCUAGUGUGUGCUUUAUACUAUACACAUAGUGAGGAAUGCUUUUAUGUUUUUCCUUUUA